AUGCCCCCCGAUGCCAAGCCCACGUGGAACGAAGUGCUCUUCUUCCCCCUGCGGCUGCCCCCGCUCUGUGACGCCAUCGAGCUGGCCAUCCUUAGCGGGUCCAAGGUGCUGGGCACAGCCAUGCUCCACCUCUCCCACAUCUCCUCCGCCGGUGCUGAGCUUGAAGGAGGGGUCCCAGGUUUCUUACCCUGCUUUGGGCCCAGCUUCCUCCCCUUCUAUGGUCCACGGAGAGAUGCUGCUGAUGUGCCCAGCGACACCAUGGUGGCAUACAGGGGCCGGGUGCUGCUGGAGCUCAGCACCCACACAGGGGACUCCGAUGGGCGCCAGCAGGACGCCAUCGCCCCCGAGGACAUCACCCGCGUGCAGCGCCUUCUGCCCCGCCGCCACCGCCUGGGGCUCUGCGCAGUGUUCUACUCUGCCACCAUGCUGCCCCCCGCAUCCGAACCUUUGCGCUUCGAGCUCAGCAUCGGCAACCACGGGGACACCGGGGACACCUCGUGCCGCCCCGCUGCCUCCGCCACACCGCAAGGCCACCCCCUCUUUGAUGGGAACCGCUACUGCUACAUGCCUUGGCAUGACAGCAAGCCGGUGGUGGCCGUCACCUCCAGCUGGGAGGACGCUGGGCAGCGGUGGGACGGGCAGAACCUGAUGCACAGUGUGGGCGAGAGGCUGGAGGGAAAUGUGGCGAUGCUGCGGAACGCGAAGCCGGACGCCCUUGGGGACGUUGGCAGGAAGCUGCUGCGUGAGCUGGCGCGGGACUGCAGGGCUGCCCUGCCUGUGCUGCAGGCCCAGCGGCCCCGGACGCGGCUGGACGUGGAGCUGCGCGCCGCCCGCCUGCAGCUCCUGCAGCUCCUCGCCUCGGCUGCCGCCGCCGGGCCUCCGCGCCGGGCCUGGGCCGAGCUGCUCCCCGAGGCCGAGGCCUGGCUGGGCCGAGUGGCCGCCCUGCAGGCUGAGCCUCAGGCCGGUGUUCCCGACGUGUUGCUGUGGCUGCGGAGCGGUGCCCGCUGCCUGGCCUGUGCCCGCAUCCCCGCACACCGCCUCGCCUGCUCAGCCCUCAGCCCCGCAGCCUGCGGGCGGCUCUGCGGACGGACGCACACCCUGAUGCUGGAGGUCCCGGGACACCUCCAUGCCCAGCUCCGUGUCCGGCUGUGGCUGGGGCGUGUGGCUGAGAGCCAGGAGCUGCCGCGUUACUUGGAGGGCGCCCUGCACGUCUAUGCUGAGACAUAUGAGAACCAGACGAAGAUCCUGGGCAAAUGGAGCAGGCAGGCGCUCCCAGCUCGCCCCAGCUUCUCCGACGUGGCCGGCAGAGUGGCGCUGCCCCGCGAGCGCAUCCGACCCCCCCGGGGCUGGUGCUGGGAUGGGCCCUGGGCUGUGGAACCGCCGCGGAGGCUGCUGCCGGAGCCCGAGGCUGGCAUGGACGAGGUGUUGGAGGAGGUCUAUGAGAACCAGAGCCGGCGGCGCGGCGGGGAAUGGGGACCUGCUGCUGUGCCCAGCACUGAUGUGGCCGGCGCGGCGGUGCCCCCCAAGGAGGAGGUGGCGUGUCCCCAAGGCUGGCACGUCACCGAUGACUGGCGGGUGGAGGUGACAGGGGCCGUGGAUGAGGCUGGUGAGCGAUGUCCCCGUGUGGGUGUGCUGGGUUGGGGGGGUGGCAGAGGUGACAACGACAACGUGGGUGAUGCAGGAUGGGAAUAUGGGCACAGCCCCGAGGCUCCGGAUAAAGCAUGGGAGUACGCAUCCCUGUGGGGCGGCCGCUUCCAUCUGCAGCGUCAAGCGGGUGAUGCGUGCCGGCGGCGCUGCUGGCGUCGGCACAUGGUGCCAGAGCUGCCCUCAUCUGUGGCUGCCAUCUUCCUCCUCGAGGGCACAGCGGAUGCAGAGGAAAUGCCAGAGAGCAAGCAGAUGGCAGCAACACCCAAAGGCCGGGGACACCCCCAGCACCCCACGCCUGUCAUCCUCUGCACCUUCGAGCGACCCAGCUCCUUCCAGCUGCGCUGUUACCUCUUCCAAGCACUGGAGCUGAAGCCCCGCGGCACCAAGACCACAGCAGACCCCGUUGCCCACGUCUCCUUCGUGCACGUCAGCCAGAGCACCCGCGUGCUGCCCGGCACCCUGGACCCGGUUUGGGAUCAGUCGCUGCUCUUCCAUCGGGUGCAGCUCCAUGGGGACCCACGUGGGCUGCGGGAUGAGCCCCCAGCUGUGGUGGUGGAGGUGUUUGAUCAGGAUGGAGGGGGUGCUGGGAGCUUCCUCGGGAGAAGCGUGUGCACCCCAAAAGUGUGGCUGGAUGUGGGGCACCGGAAGCCCCCCCGGCUGCAGAGAUACCCACUGCAGGGGCCGGGGGGGCCGGCCGGGGAACUGCUGGCUGCCUUUGAGCUGCUGCACGAGGCUGAGGUGAGAGGUGGGCAGCAGGGGGUGGGGUGGGGGCUCCCAGACACCCCGCCAUGGAGACAGGGCACCUUCGGCAUCCCCCCAGGCAUCCGGCCGGUCCUGCGGCUGAUGGCAUUGGAGGUGCUGGCGUGGGGGCUGCGGGGGCUCCGUGGCCGCUGCCUGCUGCCCGUGCGCGCCCCCAGCCUGGAGGUGCAGUGUGGGGGGCACGUCCUGCGCAUCCCCCCCAUCACCGACCUCGCCACCAACCCCAAUUUCCCCAUCAACGCCUUCCUGCUGACGCUGCACCUACCAGUGGAGGAGGAGUACGUGCCCCCGAUCCGGCUGCGGGUUUUGGACACGCAGGGCUUUGGGUUCCGGCCCCACGUGGGCCAGGCGUGCGUGCAGGACCUGGUGAGGUUCCGCCGUGAGCCCGAUGGAGAGGAGCAGCUGCCCCAGCCUCGUGUCCCUGUGUCGGGUUCUGACCCCGCUGCUGCCUGGGGCAGGAUUGCUCAGAUGCUGCCCAAGGUGGCCGCUGAGAAGGGGGCUGCAGACCAGGAUGAGGAAGAAGGCGACUGGUGGAGCAAAUUUUACAUGGCCAUGGGAGACAAGGCAAAGAGCCACGGGAGGACACACAGGGACAGCCUGAAGGUGUACGGCUGCGAGCUGGAGGCGGUGCCCAAAUUCGAGGGGCUGCAGGAUUUCUGCCAGACCUUCCCCCUCUACCAGCCGGGGGGGCAGCAGGGGGACGACCCCAUGCCUGUGGGCGAGUUCAAGGGGCUGUUCUGUCUCUACCCCCUACCCGAGGACCCCGGGGUGCCCCCGCCGCCCCGCCGCUUCCAGGAGCUGCCCCCCAGCCAACCCCAGCAGUGCCUGGUGCGCGUCUACGUCGUCCGUGCCUUCGACCUGUCCCCCCGUGACCGCAAUGGGAUGUGUGACCCCUACGUUCGUGUCUCGCUGGGAGCAAAGACACUGGGCAAGCGUGACCACUAUGUGCCCAACACCGUGGAGCCAGUUUUUGGCAGGAUGUUCGAGGUGAUGGGCACCGUCCCGUUGGAGAAGGACCUGAGGGUCUCACUGCUGGACCACGACCUGCUGCCACCCGACCAGGAGAUUGGAAGCACCACCAUCGACCUGGAGAACCGGCUGCUGUCCCGAUUCCGUGCCCACUGUGGGCUGCCCCGUCUGUACCACAUGGAUGGCCCUGGGCGCUGGCGGGACCAGCUGAGCCCCAGCCGGGCACUGGAGCACCUGGCUCACACCCGGGGGCUGCAGGCACCCGAAUUCAGCGCCGAUGGAACCGCCGUCAUCUUUGGGGGCUCCACCUUCCUGCUGAGCCAUUUUGAGAGUGGACCCCCCACAUAUCGUCACCCCGGGGCACCCCGGGAGCGCCUGGCCCUGCAUGUGCUGCAUGCAUGGAACCUCGUCCCCGAGCAUCUGGAGACCAGGACGCUGUACAACAGCGCCCAGCCUGGGCUGGAGCAGGGCAAGGUGCAGAUGUGGGUGGACAUCUUCCCCGCCAGCCUCGGCCCCCCUGGGCCCCCCGUGGACAUCACUCCCCGCAAACCGCAGAGCUAUGAGCUGCGCUGUGUGGUGUGGAACACCCGCGAUGUGGAGCCAGGGGACAUCAGCGCAGCAGGGCAGAGGAUGAGCGAUAUCUACGUCACCGGCUGGCUGGAUGGGCUGGAGGAGCAGAAGCAGAGGACGGACGUGCAUUACCGGGCGCUGCAGGGCGACGGCAGCUUCCACUGGCGCUUCGUCUUCCCCUUCCAGUACCUGGCAGCCGAGCAGCGCUGCGUGCUGCCCCGCAAGGAGCAUUUCUGGAGCCUGGAUGAGACGGUGCUGAAGGUGCCCCCGAAGCUCAUCCUCCAAGUGUGGGACAACGACAAGUUUUCGGCCGAUGAUUUUUUGGGUAUCCUGGAGCUGGAGCUCACCCGGCUGCCCCGUCCAGCCCAGCGGCCGCAGGACUGCACCCUAAAGCCACGUCUGAGCCCCUGGCCCUGGGGGAAGGCUCGGGGACCCCCCCGUUUCUCUCUGUUCCGACAGAAGCUGGCGCGGGGUUGGUGGCCCUGCGUGGUGCACGAGGGUGGCACGCAGCGCAUGGCGGGCAAGCUGGAGCUGAGCCUGGAGCUGCUCGACGAGAAAGAAGCAGAAGAGAGACCGGCGGGGAAAGGCCGGGAGGAGCCCAACGCGUACCCACCCCUGCAGCCCCCCGUGCGCCCCGACUCGUCCUUCCUGUGGCUGCUGGCCCCAAUGCGCGCCCUGCGCUACGCCGUCUGGCGGCGGCACCGAUGCCGCAUCACCGCGACCGCGGCGCUGCUGCUGCUGCUCCUUCUGCUCCUCAACUUCAUCUACUCCGCCCCGGGUUACUUGGCCAUGAAGCUGGUGAACCCGCUGCGCCUCUUCGGUGCUGGGAGCAAACACUGA